UUGUGUUGUUUAUUAUUAAUUUAUGGUAUGAUAAGCAUAUACAUGUCGAAAAAAGCACUUAAUCUAUACUACUUCAAUUUACAAAUGAGCAAUACAAAAAAGCCGCUAAAUUGUUGUUUCAAUUUACUUUGACAGUUCACUAAAUGUAAACAAAAAAAAAACUAUUGGCGAAAUUCUUAAAAUAAAAAAACUUAAAAUGUUACCAACAGGUAAAAUAAAAAUACGUAAUCUUAAGGAGUUGCAAGACGACAAUAUGACCUCACCCAAAAAUUGCCUAACUCCUUUAAGAAAGCGCAAAAAUCCAAAAUCGGCCACAAAAAGUAAACACUUAAACAUGAUUGAUCAUAGUCAUAAUGAUGCUGUCGAGAGCACAACAGUAAAUUCUAACGCAACACUGACGAAAACAGCAAUAAAAAAACUAUCGAAAACUGCCAUAAAAGAAACCCCCUCUAAUCAGAAACGUAUUGAUUCAUAUUUUACAUCCUGCCCGAAAACUUACGAAAUAAAAUUGCCCAAAAAAGAGCCGCUCACACCGUUUGAUAAAACAAAUUUAAAAAUAACUGCAAAGAAAACUAAUAACAAAACUGCCGGAAAAACAAGAAAAUCACCUAAACGCCCAAAAACCGGACGCAAACGUUUAUUUAGCGAAAGCAGAGAACCUAAAAAUGAGAGUAUGUCGGAACUAAGUUCAUUAAGGGGAAGCACAAAAGUGCAAACCGAAUGUAUAACCAUCGUCGAUUCGGAUAGUGAUGUUGAUGAAACAAAUGUAAACAAUUCUAAUCUAACUAAAGAAAACAGACCUCCAGUUACACAAGCAACUAUAGCGGAUAACCCAGUUUCAGAUGUAACAAUUGCUGCUGAUAAUACUUCAAACUCUCAAGAAUUUACAUCUUGUACUACAAAUUCUUCUUUAGAUUUUGGCUUAAGAAUGUCACAUACGAGCCGUGGAAAAUCUACCUCUAACAAAAGCACCACUAGUGCCGCCAGUUUCUCCAGACGCAAACCAAAACCCUGUCCUCCCUACAAAAUCAUAGAAAAUACCACAUUUGCUGUGGAUGCCUUUCAAUAUGGUUACAUCGAAAAUGUAACGCAUUAUUUUCUUACACAUUUUCAUGCAGAUCAUUAUAUUGGAUUGACAAAAUCUUUUGCCAUGCCCCUAUUUAUGAGUCCGAUAACGGCUCGUCUUUUACGUACUUUUAUACCCAUCGAAGAGCAAUAUAUCCAUGUGCUGGAAUUAAAUGAUCCCUAUACUAUAAAUGACAUUGAAAUAACUGCUCUUGAUGCCAAUCAUUGUCCUGGUUCUAUUUUAAUAGUUUUUAAAUUCCUAGAUACCGGCAAAUGUAUACUACAUACUGGUGAUUUUCGGGCUUGGUCUGGCAUGGAAUCUGAGCCUAUAUUUUGGAAUAAUCCCAUAAAUACCAUUUACUUGGAUACCACAUAUAUAUCCAAUAAAUAUGACUUCUGUACACAGUCAGAAUCUAUAGAUAAAGCUGAGCAAAUAAUAAAGGAGUUUAAGAAAAAACAUAAUGGUAAACGUAUACUCUAUAUAUGCGGUUCAUAUAUUGUGGGCAAAGAGAAAUUCUGGUCACAACUGGCAGAAAAAUUUCAGUUAAAAGUAUGGGCUGAAGGUAAUCGUUAUAAAGCCCUCAGGGCCAUGGAAGAAGAACAGUUUAAUAACUUACUAGUAGAGGAUGCCAAGCAAGCCAAUAUGCAUGUUAUAGCCAUGGGAAAGGUAACUUAUUUGGAAUUGGUGGAUUAUUUCAAAUCAUAUGAAGAACAAUACGAUAUACUACUCGCCAUACGACCCAGUGGUUGGGAAAAGAAUACUAAACCUCGUUAUAGUAUAAAAAUCAAUAUAGUAGGCAUUGAAUAUUCCGAACAUUCUAGUUAUGCGGAACUGCGACGUUUUGUUAAGUUUCUAAAACCCGAAAAUGUUAUAAGUACCGUGCCUACCGGCAAGGAUCUUAUGAAGACAGCUAUGGUACCAUUAAACUGGUAUAAAUACAAAGAAUUGAAGAAUAAGAGCAGUUAUCAGCCCACAAUUGAUAGUUAUGUGCAAAAGAAUAAUGUACAAAGUAUACGGCCACCUAAUAGUCAUAAGGGUGGAGUGGAAUAUUUUGUUUCACCUCUAAAGCCGCUUACAAACAAACAGCAUGAAGUUAAUAAUAAUAAUUUAAUAACUGAAAAGGCAAUUUCUUUGGUUUCUACUAAUGCAAACGAUAUCGAAGAACCAUGUGAUGUCCAUAACUCCACAACAAAUCGAGAAAAUUCGAAUAAUUUUGCAGACCAAACACCUGCCAUUAGUAAAAGUACAUCUUCAAAAAUGACAUACAAUUCAUCGGAGUAUUUUGAAACACCUGAUGAGAUUAUUGUAGCUAAAAGAUUGCAGAAAAAGGAAAAAGCCGAGGAAAAAGAAACAAAACAUAAAAGUGGUAAGACACCAGUUUAUAAAACACGAAAAUUGCAACCUACUCAAAAAGAACUUAAAGAGAAAGAUACCAAUAUUAGAGAGGAUAAUAUAACAAAUAAUUAUUCACCAGAUUGUUUCAUGAGUCGUUUUUUGAAAGACGUAAUGAAGCAACAAUUACCAAAUACAAAUAAUUCAAAUAACAAGGAUAAGAAAACAAAUGGCAGUUUGAUGUUAAAUCCACCACAAAGUGAAGAAAAUGACAUUCAGCCAAUAACAUCAAACGGACAAAGAAAUUCCCAAACUUCUGCUAAUAAAACAGCACAAGAAGAUCAGCAAAUUGAUGACAAUAAUAUAAUACGAAAACGAAACCUUAAAGCGAAAGUUCUUUCAGCAACUUCUUCAUCUGACCAACAAAAUAAGCCUAAACAAAAGCCUCAAAAAAAGAAAAUGUUGAAAAAAAAAUCAACACAAAAAACUCCUUCCAAACUUAAUAAAUCAAAAGAUUACCCAAUAAUUAAAUCAAGCUCCAGUAUAAUUUCAAUAGAUUCUUUAAGCGAAGAUGAAUUGCAAUCUACACAAUUAAAAACUGUUCCGAAAACUGAAAUUCCAGAUCUGCAAAAUAGUAAUGAUGACACAAAGACUACAAUAUUUCCAUUAAUAGAAGAAUUGUCAAAUAGAAACAGUGAAUUGCAAGAAGAUUUUCAAAUGGAAGAACAUUUUCCAGGCACAAAUCAAAAGCAACCAGAAACAGAAGCUGCAUUUAACAUAGAUAUUUACACAGAUGGACAAACAGCAAACACAGCUCAACAGCAAGAAUAUUCGUUAGAAAAUCAAUUUGAAAUUUCACAAAAUUCUAGAUCUAGAAUAAAAAGUACCUCGAGCAAAGCUACUUCAACGGAAACAUAUACCAGGGAAGAUAAAGAAUUUGAAGAGAAAUUACUAAAAAUAUCACAAAAAACUAAACAAAAUAAUCAACAAAAAUCUUAUAAAACCUCUACAAAACAUCUAAAUAAAAGAGCAGAAAAUCCCAUUUACAAAUCCACCACCUCUAUAGAAUCUUUAAUAACAGAUGAAGAAUUGCAAACCAUAAAAAUUUUAACGCCAUUAAUAACCAACGAAACAAGCAGUGAAAAAAGUUCAAUUGAAUUGGGCGAUGUAAGCAAAACAAAGCGUUUAAAACGAACCAUAAGCUCUCAGUCAAACGCCUCAACGCCUUUUAAAAAGUCACACACUAGUGACAGUCUUAAUACCGCUGGCCUUUUAAAUAAAAUACUAGAAACAAAUGAAGAUCUUGAAAUAGAUAGAUUUAAUUGUUCACAAUUGGCUGGUCAAAUUGUGAAUCAUAUCAAUCAACAUAAUCCGGAUAAUAGUAAGGAUCAUAUACCGUCUGAGUUGCUAUCAGAUGCCGAUGAAGACUGGAUAUGAAAUUAUAAAAAUUAUAAAGAGAACGAACUCAUUUAAACUGUGAUCAGUGAUUCUACCUAAAAAUAUUUUCAGUUUCAUUGUUAAAGUGCAUUGUCAAAAAAAACUGUUGCUUUUUGUCGAUCAUUUUCCAAUAAUUUUAAGUUAAAUCUCAAAAACGGUUAGAACUAUAUUUUAUUGUUUAUGUUUGUGUAUUAGUAUAAGAUCUCUUUUCUAAAAACUUUUUAUAUGUAUUAUAUAAAUAUUAUUUGAUAUGAA